UUUUUUCUCCUCCUCUAUUCACAUUUUUUAUUUUAAUAUCGACCAUCCUCUUUUUUCACCUCAACAUGACUGCGCUUUCGAUAUUCCAAACUCUCCCCUGGCACAUUAUUGAGUCGGUUGUUGAAUUCCAUAUUAACACGUUUACUAUAAAUUACAAUUCCACAAAACUCUUGCGGCGUCUAUUCUCCACAGCUGCCAUGGAUGGCGCUCUACUUUUAUUAGGAAAACGUGCAGCUUAUCCAUCUAGACUUUAGAAAUCAUUUACCCUUUCAUUUUCAUUUUCAUUCCCAAUUGGCCAAGAGCCCUUAAACAGCCAGAUAUUCUGGAAGGCUGUUUCGUAAAAGCUGUCCUUGUUCAUAUGGAUAUGUUGAAUUUAAUUAUGGAUGAUGAGGAGUUGUUUCAAGGAGUGAACGGAAUUACCAUUCGGCAAAUUUGUACCAGUGUAUAUUAUCCUCGUGGCCUAACAUCUGCUGUGCCUUCGGGCCGGAAUGUGGCAUCGCUGAAAACUCUUUCUUUGAGAUACCUGAUAUACAGACAGCAACCGCACUGGAGCUCCGUCAUAUAUCAAUACUUGGAGUCUUUUGAGCAUAUAUUCAGAGACAACCCGGAUGUAUCGGCUGUAUUGGAAUCACCAGCAGCAGCGGCGGUGUCACAACCCACAAAUACGAUCAUUUACUUUCCCGCACUCAAAUCUUUCAAACUCAGUGGCCCUUAUCCGUUUGUUGAUGAUGCUCCGUUCAGAGGCAACAGCCGGACGCUAGAGAGACUGGAUAUCAACAUUAAUGAGCUUAUUGACAUUGCAGACAAAUUCUGCAUUUUUACAGGCUGCAAAUUCUCAAGCGUGCAGUACAUUGGUCUAACAUAUGUUACUCCAUACCUUAUUACCAGACAAGACCUGGAAACGAGAUUUCGGGAUCUCGAACCGUUGCAAGUCAUAGAAUUUCCAAUAUUGUCGCUGGAGUUUGCGGACAUUGUUGCUAUUAUGCGACAUGCGCCUUAUUUCCAAAAGCUGAGUUGCUUGCCAACAAAUGUUGCGCCAAAGAUUUGGCGCCAUGUCAAUGGCAUCAGUGCAUUUCCGUGGUUGACGCUUAACACCGGAAGCAGGACAAUGACAAUGAAUGGUCGCGCUCAUUACCAUGCCUGUCCGCAGUUCAUAGGAGUGAAGCUCAGCCUCUUUGACAGAAGAAAAUACAAGAACAUCGAUCGGUUGGCUGGCUAUAAAUAUUUAUCCGAGUUUGCAGAGCGCUUCAAAUUAUUUAGUUUUAGAUUCCCUUUUAUUUGAAUUAGUAUGUACAAGCCAUCGCACAAGUACUUCAGAUGACGUGCGGGGAUUAUCGACAUGAGCACAGACACGCAUGCCAACUGAUCAAUGCAAGGGAAUGCCGGCGAUUGCGUGCCAUUUUGACUGGUCAAGAAAAAAUGGCAAUUUUUUUGGAUGCAAAUCGCCUAAUCCUAAAUAUUUAUUAUUCCAACUCAACAAAAAGAAAAAAAUCUUUUCAAAAAUUUUUGAACACAAAAUUUUCUCGUCGUUUUUUUGCGCCCGCGCGUCCUUCUUUUGUUCU